CCCUUAUUUCGUACUGCAGACAGCCAGAGGAAGAUCCAUUCCAGUUGAAUAAACAAAAAAUGGCAGGCUUCAAGCUCCUUCUCUCUCAAUCACGCCGCCUUUCUCUCCCUCAUUUCUCCUCCUUUGCUUCCCUCCCUCUCCAUAGAUCCUUCUCUUCUUCCCAAUCUCUCCCUAUUCAACCAGUCUCCUACUCCCCCAAGCCCAAAGACCCACAACCAGACCACUGCCCUCAAUCUACUCCUGCUUCCCCCGAAGGUCCUCGAUCCAUGUGGAGCCGGGAGGACCUCCGUUAUGUCAAAGACGUACCCAAUGUCUCACCCAUUUCGUAUCCCGCACGUGUGGCCCCUCUCCCCGAGGAUUCAUCUGAACGAGGUGGGGAGGUGAAGGACGAAGAAAGCGAGGAGAUGGCGAGAGAAAGUCGAGGAAUUCAGGCGGAAAGUCGAGUUUGGAAGAAACAUUUUAGGAUUACGGCAGAGGAGGAGAAAGUUCCCUUCCCUUUGCUGAUUAUGCCUGAAAAAAAGAACGAGAAGCGUGCUGUUCUUGAUUUGACGGAUGCCAUUAGGGAAGUCAAGGCUACUGCCAAGGCGAAUUUCGAUGAGACCGUCGAAGCUCAUGUUCGGUUGGGUAUCGACCAAAAGAGAUCCGAGCUGAUUGUUCGUGGUACAAUGGCACUUCCUCAUGGUGCUAAGAAGGAAGUUAGGGUGGUGGUUUUUGCUGAAGGAAUAGAUGCUGAUGAGGCUAAAGCUGCCGGAGCUGAUAUUGUCGGUGGCGUGGAACUUAUCGAGGAAAUUGCAAGCACUGGCAAGGUUGACUUUGACCGAUGUUUCUCAACACACAGUUUCAUGAAACGCCUUUAUAAGAUAUCAAAGAUUCUGAAUCAACAUGGUCUGAUGCCAAACCCCAAACAAGGGACUGUCACCAAAGAUGUUACCAAGGCAGUCAAAGAAGCAAAACAAGGUCAAGUAAAAUUCAGAAUGGACAAAACAUCUAUUGUCCAUGUCGGAAUUGGAAAGGUGAGCUUGUCAGAUGAGCUUUUGCGUGACAAUGUUGGUGCAUUUAUGAAUUCACUUUUGCAAGCAAAGCCAGCAGGACUAAAGAAGACUUCCAAGUAUGCAGGAUAUGUGAACUCCUUCCAUAUAUGCAGCACAAUGGGUCCGGGUUUUCGUGUCUCUAUACAGUCGUUGUCCAGAGCAGCAGAUCACUACAGCAAAGUAUAUCUUAACGCCUAAUUCAUUUAUCCAGACUAGCAGAACACUACGGUGUAAUUGCAUUUCAUUGCCCGAGUGGAUGGUUCCUUGGCAACCAAAGUGCAUUCACUGAAUCUCUUCAAGAUUUAAGGUUUUGUCUAAUGCCAAGAUGUUGGUAUAGGAUGAUUAUAAGAAUCUGGCUACGAUUUUGUUUUCUCUUGGAUUUCUU